UCCCUCCUCCUUUCUGGUACGUCCACAAUGGUACAGCCAGCAUCUUGCAGCAUAAUGGUUGCAAGACGGUAAACAGGGAGUGAUUCAGCAUUGCAAUCGUAAUUUCUAGGCUAUACCGCUAUUUUUUUCUUCCAUCGCUGCAUUUUUUCUAGUUAUCUCCAUGUUCACUUUUAUUUUUCUCUGCGUGCUAAGUCGCUAAAUGUCUCUCGUCGGAAUGUUUUGAACAGAACUGUCAACGGCCUAGGAUUGUCGUCAGCUGGCACGGAAUGGUAUUUAUGAGCAGGCAUUUCUUCUAUUACUGCGGUGAACCAGUCCUAGAUGUGAAAAUAGCCUUUUGUCAGGUGUGUGUUCCUUACAGGUAAAAUAAGGGUUUUGCUAAACAAUUGGAUGUGUCAUACAUUGGCAAGCAUUACAACAUGAGCAAAUGCAAAGUGGACAACCAGUUCUACAGUGUGGAAGUAGGAGAUUCCACCUUCACAGUUCUCAAACGUUACCAGAAUCUAAAACCCAUCGGUUCUGGAGCUCAGGGAAUCGUCUGUGCCGGGUACGAUGCAGUCCUCGACAGAAACGUGGCCAUCAAGAAGCUCAGCAGACCCUUUCAGAACCAGACCCAUGCCAAGAGGGCAUACAGGGAACUGGUGCUCAUGAAAUGUGUCAAUCACAAAAAUAUCAUCAGUUUAUUAAAUGUUUUCACAUCACAGAAAUCACUAGAAGACUUUCAGGAUGUGUACCUGGUGAUGGAGCUGAUGGAUGCCAACCUAUGCCAGGUGAUUCAGAUGGAGCUAGACCAUGAGAGAAUGUCCUACCUGCUCUACCAGAUGCUGUGUGGCAUCAAACACCUGCACUCAGCUGGAAUUAUACACAGGGACCUGAAACCUAGCAAUAUAGUGGUGAAGUCUGAUUGUACGCUGAAAAUCCUGGACUUUGGCCUGGCCAGGACUGCAGGCACCAGCUUCAUGAUGACCCCGUACGUGGUGACACGGUACUACAGAGCUCCAGAGGUCAUCCUGGGCAUGGGGUACAAAGAGAACGUGGAUAUAUGGUCGGUGGGGUGCAUUAUGGGAGAAAUGGUGCGACACAAAAUCCUGUUCCCUGGCCGUGACUAUAUCGACCAAUGGAAUAAGGUGAUUGAGCAGCUGGGCACACCCUUACCAGAGUUUAUGAAGAAGCUGCAGCCCACUGUCCGUAACUAUGUAGAGAACAGACCCAAAUAUGCCGGCCUCACCUUUCCCAAGCUCUUCCCCGACUGCCUCUUCCCUGCAGACUCAGAGCACAACAAACUCAAAGCUAGCCAGGCCAGAGAUCUGUUGUCUAAGAUGUUGAUUAUUGAUCCAGCCAAGCGGAUACAAGUGGACGAAGCCUUACAGCACCCCUACAUCAACGUUUGGUACGACCCAGCCGAGGUGGAGGCGGCCAGGGAUCUCGUCCAAAUAUCAAUGCCUCCUCCUGCUAUCUACGACAAACAGCUGGAUGAGAGAGAACACUCUAUCGAUGAAUGGAAAGAACUAAUCUACAAAGAGGUGAUGAACUUUGAGGAGAGGACGAAGAACGGGGUGGUGAAGGGACAACCCUCUCCCUCAGGUGCAGCCGUGAACAGCAGUGGUGAGAGCCUCCCUUCCCCCUCCAUCAACGAUAUCUCCUCUAUGUCCACCGACCAGACCCUGGCCUCAGACACUGACAGCAGCCUGGAGACCUCCGCAGGACCCCUGGGGUGUUGCAGGUGACUAGCAGCCAGCCUGCGCAAACCAAUGUUCUUCAGAAGGUGAAACGCAACAACCAACCAACCCACCGAAACCUGAAAAAGAACAAAGAUUAUUAAAAAGAAAAAAGUAUCAUAUUAAAGGGAUUUUUAAGGAAACGUAAAGAAUAAUGAUUAUGAAAAUUAACCCUGCAUUUUCAUUCAAAAAGAAACCACAAAAGUAUAAGGAAAAAAACUGAAAUAAUAAAUGUAUGAACUUCUAGUUACUUUAUUUAUACACCCCAUCCCCCCCCAAAUAUGGCACCAUUAAAAACAAAAACACUGAGACAGUCAUCUUUCUGUGAAGUGUAAAUUGACUGGCUGCUGGUAACCCAAUUUCUUGCAAGCGCCUGUGCUUCAGUCGAUGUGGCAAGGUGGGCCCUUUUCAUACAUUACUGUACAGCAAUAUAUAAAUCUCCAUUCACUUUCCCCUAUGUGACUGUAUUGCUAUGUUUUAAUAACCUCUAGGUUUGGUCCUUGGGUUUGUCUCCUGUGUGGGUGACAGAUUGGUGUGUUUUCAUGUAAUUAUUUCCACAGGGGUUAGUGCUAGUGCUCGACACUGCAUAGCACCCCCGCCCUUUGUAAAUAUGUAAUUCUGUACAGCUGUGAGCUAGGCACACAGACAGACAGAGAGUGGGACUGACGGCCAGUACUGGAAGUUCUUCUAUAGCACACCUUGCCACAUGACAUCACCACCUUGACCCCUGACAUUUGACCCCUAACUUUUCACCCCUUGCCUUUCACCCCUAGUCCUGCUGCAUGAUUACAAAAGCUAACACUAAUUAUAUGAUAAAUUACAACUAUAGAUACUUUUGUUUAUAAUACCACUUAACGUAAUUGAACUUCUUUUCAACCAUAGUGGUGACGAAACCCGUGGAUGGGGAGCUUCGGUUGAUGAUGGAUAUAUAAAUAUACAUACAGUGUGUGAUCUUCUGCAGGAGCAGGGCUGAGCAGGUUUGGGUUCAAUUCCAUUUCAAUUCAGUCAAUUCUGAAAGUCAACAUUUUUCUCAUUGAAAUGCAUUUGUAUUUGUUUUAUUUUACCUUUAUUUAACUAGGCAUGUCAGUUAAGAACAAACUCUUAUUUUCAAUGACGGCCUAGGAACAGUGGGUUAACUGCCUUGUUCAGGGGCAGAACGACAGAUUUUUACCUUGUCAGCUCGGAGAUUCGAUCUUGCAACCUUUCGGUUACUAGUCCAACCACUAGGCUAGGAAAAUUGGAAUAAGAACUAGAAUUGACUGAAUUGAAAUUCACCCCAACCCUGUUGCUGACCUGGAACCUUAAGUUCUCGUAGUUGGUUUGUGUUUUUGUGAAAUAAAAUUAUAUAUCUCUUCUGACUGCAUCCCUGCACCACUCCACUGGCUGAGGACAGUCCCACCCCAACCAGGGAGGUCACUCACUCUGUUUCUGUGUCACUACUGUGGUGUGAAGGAGAGAAGUUCAGGAGACAGUCGCCUUAUAUGUAUGUUACUGUCGGAAGCACAGAACAGUUUGGGGUGGGUUUACCUCAGUUUAGUUAUGUUCCUCAAAUCGCAUCCAUUUUAAUUUACAUUGAAUGAGUACUCCCUUAAUGCCAUAUUUUGUCAAAAGGGAAUCCGAUGAUAUACAAACUACCUAUAAAACCAGUAAUGUUAAACAUAAUUUUUGACUGGAAGUUUAUUUAUUAUUGAUUUAUUUAUUAUUUUCAUAGACUGAAUCAGAAUAAUGGGAAGUGCCUUGUUUGGAAUGAUGCCGUUUCCUCAUCUUAGAUAUACAGUAAUAACAGCGAUGCGUGCACUGAAAUUAAGCUAAAGAUCGACGGACCCCAUUACUGAGAUGCUGAAUUGAGGUAUUAUUUGAAGUAGAAUCUGAAGUUGGUGUCUGUUAGGAUUGCAAUAUUUAUGGUAACUUUCCAAAAAUUCUGGGGUUUUCCGUAAAUCUCAGUUGGAGGAUUCCCAGUUGAAAGAUUCCCUCACUGCUAAUUCCCUUGUCCAACCAGGAUUUUCUGGAAAGUUACCAGAAAUGUUGAAACCCGAGUGUCUAGCAUGUCCUGUUCAAUCUGUUUCCGCAUGAUGUCGCACCCAUUGUCUACACAUACUGUUGAUGCACAUAGUCACCACUACUGACCGAUGCCCAUGUCCUCCCUAUUAGAACUAUACUACGACCAUUACCAUGUUAUUGUUGCAUCUUUGAAUAACUAAAUAAUGUAGAAUUGAAACCUACUUUUUAAAACACAAUGGACUUGUUAUCAGAUAGUCAUCAUCAUAUAAAUGUUCUUCUGACCUAUAUAGUUACCUAGCAACUGAGCAGAAUACCUCCUAAUUUGUACGGUUUUGUUUUGUAUCUGUAAAUGUCUUAUUUGAUCAGUGUCCUUACAUUUCAAUAAAAGGGAUGAAAUAAA